AUGUCAACAUUAGAGAACACAACAACUGCUAUCGUUCAUGAAGCCAUAAAUGAAGAAUACGAAUACAUACAGUAUAACAAACAGUUACGUCUCAUUCGUUCAGUCAAAGAUGACAUGUACCAAAUGCAAAGUAUAAUGAAUGCUCUUCAGUCUACAAAGCAAGCAUAUCAUUGGUUUGAAAACCAACAGACAAAAGAACUUUUAGAAGAAUUUCCUCAUAUGAUUGCUUCCCUCGGAAAACCGAGAGAAGAGAUUCCGUACGAAAAUCGCAAGAAUUUGGCUCCUGGUUUGAAAGGUUAUUAUGUUCAUAGACUUUUAGUAAAUGCUGUAGCAAUGUGGGCUUCACCUCGUUACGCUUGUUAUAUUUUCAUGAUGUUAGAUGAACUAUAUAAAGCAGAACGUGGAGAGAUGGAAAAGAAACUUCAAGCAAAAGAUGAAGUCAUUGAAUCCAAAGACAAAAGCAUACAGAAAAGAAUACCGCGUUCAGUACCAAAAGGAAAGGAAAAG